CUAUUUUUGCUUUUCUGUUUUUUCCUUUAUCUCUUUUUCUUCUGCUUUUCUCUUCUCUUAAGCAUCACUUCAUUUCUACCAUGGGUCAAACACUCAGUGAACCAAUUACCACCAAAUCCACGACAUCGGGAAAUGAUAAACGUGUAAUGUACGGGGCAUCCGCCAUGCAAGGCUGGCGUAUUACCAUGGAAGACGCACACACGACCAUUCCCGAAUAUACAGACACAGGCGCCAGCUUUUUCGCAGUGUUUGAUGGUCAUGGUGGUUCAAAUGUGGCAAAAUACAGUGGCGAGCAUCUGCAGGAUCGAGUCCUCGACUCUGAUGAUUUCCGGCAAGGAAAAAUUCGUGAAGCGUUAAAAGCGGGCUAUCUCGGUAUUGACGAGGAUUUGCGUAAAGAUCCUCAAUACGAACAUGAAACAUCCGGCUGCACAGCCGUAGUAGCAUUGUUGACCAAGGAUAACAUACUUUAUGUGGGUAAUGCGGGCGAUUCUCGUGCGGUGAUCAGUGCCAAUGGCAAAGCCAUUGCCUUAUCACAAGAUCACAAACCAACCAAUGCCAAGGAAACAGCACGUAUUGAAAAGGCAGGAGGACAUGUUGAAGCUGGACGCGUCAAUGGUAACCUCGCCUUAUCGCGCGCUCUUGGCGACUUUGAAUUCAAGCAAAACGACAGCUUACCAGCAGAAGAGCAAGCGGUCACGGCCAAUCCGGAUGUAACAGAUCAUAAACUGACGAAAAACGACGAAUUUAUCAUCGUUGCCUGUGAUGGUAUCUGGGAUUGCUUAACAAAUCAGGAGGCAGUCAACUUUGUGCGCAAAGGGUUAAGCAACAAGAAAACCUUGGCAACAAUAUGUGAAGAGAUGAUGGACGAAUGUCUUGCUGAUGAAAGUGACUUGGGAGGUGUUGGCUGUGAUAACAUGACAGUGAUCAUAGUAGCAUUCUUGCACGAUAUGACACCUGAAGAGUGGUAUGACUCCAUGGCGGGUAAAUUCGUGAAAACCGGUGCCGUCGUGGCUCGAGAUUUGGAAGAGCCCGAACCAAAGAAACCGCGCGGAAUGAAAUCCGAAUCGAAAGAGUACACGGUAGAAGAGCUAAGAAAUGCCGGUGACCUUACUUCCUCAUUGGAUGCGGAUAAAGAGACUGCUGCUAAAGACGCGAAGUGAUUCAUAAUUUACCAGUAAAAGAAAAGGAAAAAAACAACUUGUAGCUUGUAGUUAUCACCAUUUUUGUGUCACAUACAUUCCAUGUAAUCAGCUUCACACCGAGCAGCAUAAUUCAAUGGUUGACAAGAGAGAAAAAAAAAAAAAAAAA